CACCUUGAUGUUGACCCAGUUUUUUCGUUGGAGUUUUGUUAUUAUUUGUUAAAUUUUUUAGCACAAAACCAGACGAAAUGGAGGUGGGAAAAGACGGCAAGAUAAAGCUACCUAAGGUGGCGAAAGUCAAAAAUAAGAUGCCAGCCCCUGUUCAAAUAACAGCAGAACAGUUGCUGAGAGAGGCCAAAGAAAGAGAACUGGAACUAGGAGCACCUCCACCAAAGCAAAAGAUAUCAGAUGAAGAAGAAUUAAAGGCAUACAGACUCAGGAAAAGGAAGGCAUUUGAAGAUAACAUAAGGAAAAAUAGAACAGUGAUGAUCAACUGGAUUAAGUAUGCAGGAUGGGAAGAAAGUCAAAAAGAAAUACAGAGGGCAAGGUCAGUGUAUGAGAGAGCUCUGGACGUGGACCACAGAAAUAUUACACUAUGGCUCAAAUAUGCUGAAAUGGAAAUGAGGAAUCGUCAAGUCAACCAUGCUAGAAAUAUCUGGGACAGGGCAAUAACCAUCCUCCCUAGAGCCAACCAGUUUUGGUACAAGUACACUUACAUGGAGGAAAUGUUGGGCAAUAUUGCAGGAAGCCGUCAGGUGUUUGAGCGUUGGAUGGAAUGGCAACCGGAAGAGCAAGCCUGGCACUCUUAUAUUAACUUUGAACUACGUUAUAAAGAGCUAGACAGGGCCAGGAACAUAUAUGAACGAUUUGUUCUGGUGCAUCCAGAGGUUAAGAAUUGGAUCAAGUAUGCCAAGUUUGAGGAGAAGAACAGCUACAUCAGCAGUGCAAGAAAUGUCUAUGAAAGAGCUGUGGAAUUCUUUGGGGAGGAAAACAUGAAUGAAGUCCUCAUUAUUGCAUUUGCCAAAUUUGAAGAGAACCAAAAAGAGCAUGAGCGUGCCCGUGUGAUCUACAAGUAUGCACUGGACCAUCUUCCAAAGGACAAAUGUCAGGAGAUCUACAAGCAGUACACAGUCCAUGAGAAGAAGUUUGGAGACAGAGCUGCUAUAGAAGAUGUCAUUGUUAGCAAGAGAAGGUUUCAAUAUGAAGAGCAAGUGAAAUCAAAUCCACACAACUAUGAUGCCUGGUUUGACUACUUACGUCUGUUGGAAAAUGAGGGAAAUGUGGACCAGACAAGGGAAUUAUAUGAAAGAGCCAUUGCUAAUGUACCACCUUCUCAAGAAAAGCGCCAUUGGAGGAGAUACAUAUACCUGUGGAUAAACUAUGCACUGUUUGAAGAACUAGAAGCUCACGAUAUAGACAGAACAAGACAGGUCUACCAAGCCUGCAUAGAAAUAAUUCCUCACAAGAAGUUUACCUUUGCUAAAAUUUGGUUACUCUAUGCACAUUUUGAAAUCAGACAAAAGAAUCUCCAAAUGGCAAGGAAAAUUUUGGGGGCCUCCAUUGGCAAGUGCCCUAAAGACAAGCUGUUCCGCAGCUACAUAGACAUGGAAAUCCAGCUUCGAGAAUUUGACAGAUGUAGGAUUUUGUAUGAAAAGUUUCUGGAGUUCAACCCAGAGAAUUGCACAACUUGGAUGAAAUAUGCAGAAUUGGAGACAAUUCUUGGGGAUGUAGAACGCACAAGGGCAAUUUAUGAGCUUGCCAUUGGUCAGCCAAAGUUGGACAUGCCAGAGGUCCUGUGGAAGUCCUAUAUUGACUUUGAAAUAGAACAGGAGGAGUAUGAUAGAACCAGGAAACUAUAUAGGAGACUUUUGGAGAGGACACAACAUGUUAAGGUGUGGGUGAGCUUUGCCCAGUUUGAACUGUGUAUAGAUGACCCAGAUGCCAAGGAGAGGGCGCGGGAUGUGUACAGAGAUGGACACAAAGCCAUGAAGAAGGCAGAGGAGAAAGAAGAGAGACUGAUGUUGUUGGAAGCAUGGAGAGAGUAUGAGCAUGAGCAUGGAACAGAAGAUUCACUAGCAGAGGUGGAGAAACAGAUGCCAAAGAAGGUGAAGAAGAGGAAGAAGGUGCAGACAGAAGAUGGGUCUGAUGCAGGAUGGGAGGAGUACUUUGACUACAUCUUCCCUGAUGAUGAGGCUGCCCAACCAAACCUCAAACUGCUGGCUAUGGCCAAGAUGUGGAAACAGAAGCAGUUAGAACAGGAUAGUACCACUGAGGAGGAGGAGGCCACCCCUGGUCCUUCAAAUGAUAGCUGACCAUCCACUUGACCCAGCUUAGUGAUGGGGGAAAGAACUAUGCAAACUGGAGAUGUGUUUCUUUAUUUUAUUAUUUAUUCAUUUAUUUUUUGUUUUUUUAUUUUAAAUUUAUUUUGGUGCUGUCAUCAAAGUGACACACCUAGUUUUGUGACCAACAAAAUGUUUUUUUAUCCAGUUUCACAAAAUGCUCGUCAUAACAGUGUUGCUAAAUUUGCUGUUCAUUGGGAAAGGAAAUUAAGCAGACAAACUCUGUAGGUCAUUAGCUAAAAGACAUUUCAUGAAGGGUUUUCCUCUGUGGUUCUGCAAAUGAAAUGUCUUUGACAGUAUUGCUGUAGUUAAUACAACACGCCUGGAGCAUUAACGUCCUGCUGAUGACAUUAACAGUAACACUGCUGCUAAAGCAAUACACUGACCACUGCAAUCAUGGCAAAAAGUGAGGUGUCUUUGUUGGUGGUCAAGCAACUGACCAUACUGCCCAUGAAACAAGCAUGUUGAUGGUUAUUGAAAGAGAAUACGAGAAGUUUUACACCAUCUUUGUAAUAUGUUGGCAGGGCUGUAGGUGUUGGCAGAGAUGAGGCUGGGGACAAUUUGUAAGUUGGUAAUUUGUACUGCAUGCAGCACUAAUCUACACACAGUGUGGAAGAAGUAAAAAAAAAAAUUCCAAUGAUGGCCUGGGUAAGAAAGAGGCUGAUAAAAUCUUAGGAAGAAAGGGGAAAGGUUUUCAAAAAUAAUAUUUUAACCCCCCCCCCCCCUCCCAGCCUACAGCCCUGUCUUGGUCAUAUAUAUUAUUAUUAUGUAAGUAGAUACAGAUGUACAAAUCUUAACAGUAAAGUGCAGAUGUAAAGGUACUGUACAAAACAGGUCUUGUAAGUACAGAACAAAUAAAGUUAGUGACUAAACAAUUUUUGUUUUAGUUUUGAACCUCGUUUGGC